ACUACAAGGUACGGGUUAAAUGAGGUCGAGUUGAUGAAAUGGUGUUAUGAUCGUGGAAGAUGAACCUAUCAAUUAAGUAUUAAAGGUUCAUCUAGUUAUUGUUAGGUUAUUUUGUUAGUUGUUGAGUUAAAGAAUUUUAGUUAUUUGUUAAAAUGUCUACUGAUACUCAAUUUAGUUUGUUACCAAAGGUAAUUAAUGGAGGUAUUGCAGGAAUAGUAGGUGUAACCUGUGUAUUUCCUAUAGAUUUAGUCAAAACAAGACUACAGAAUCAACGACCAGGCCCUGGAGGUCAAUUACUCUACAAAAAUUUAUUAGAUUGUGCUAAGAAAACUUUCAGCAAUGAGGGUUUUUUCGGAAUGUACAAAGGUUCUGGUGUUAAUUUACUUCUGAUUACUCCAGAAAAAGCUAUUAAACUUGUUGGUAAUGAUUUCUUUAGACAUCUACUGAAAACAGAUAAAGGAACAUUACCAUUAGGAAGAGAGAUAUUAUCAGGCGCUGGUGCUGGAAUGUGUCAGAUUAUUGUCACUACACCAAUGGAACUACUUAAAAUACAGUUACAAGAUGCUGGUAGAAGUGCUGUGAGAGUACCAGUUGGAAAUAUAAACAACAGUAGUACUGCUAGAGUUGAAGUACCAGUUGGAAACAUCAACAACAGUAGUACUGCUGCUGCACCUAGAUUAUCAGCUACUAGAAUAGCUCAAGAAUUAUUAAAACAAAGAGGUAUAUUAGGUCUAUAUCAGGGUUGUGGAGCAACAGCAUUAAGAGAUAUCACAUUUUCUGCUAUAUACUUCCCAUUAUUUGCUCAUCUCAAUGCAAUGGGUAAAAGAAGAGAAGGAAGUGAUCAAGCUGUAUUUUACCAUUCUUUUCUAUCAGGAUGUAUUGCAGGAUGUACAGCAUCUCUCACUGUUAAUCCAGUAGAUGUUGUAAAAACUAGAUUACAAACAUUACAUCAAGCAGAAGGUGAAGAAAGUUAUACUGGUAUUAUAGACUGUUUUACGAAGGUUAUGAAAAAUGAAGGACCAAAAGCAUUUUUUAAAGGUGCUCUCUGUCGAAUUCUUGUGAUAGCACCAUUAUUUGGUAUUGCACAGACAGUAUAUUAUUUUGGUGUUGGGGAGUAUUUAUUAGGUUUGAAUAAACCUUAGAUUAGUUAUUUUAGUUAGUCAUUAGUUAUAACUUGUGUAUCUGAUUAAAGUAGGAAAGUGAGUAACUUUGCUUAAUGAAAUAGGAAGAUAUCAAUUUUAUGUUUUAAAUUAUGCAAACAGUAUCAAGAUUUAGCUGAUUUACAGGUGAUUUUGUAAGAUUUAGAUUUAUCAAUCUGCUUAUAAAUUUCUAAAUAUUUACUAUCAUGACAGGGUUAUAUAAAUACUUUUUUAUUUUAAUAUUCUAAUUUAACUUUUUGCUAAUGAUACAUGUAUAACUUUAGAUGUUGACUUAAAUGUAUUUAACUUCAAUGUUAGGGAAAAUACAUCUUCCUGCUUUAUUAGCCCAUAAUAGAGUCCUUUCAUGCUUAUUGUGAAUGAGAUAAUAGAAAUCUUGAAAACAUUGCUGACAUGUUUUGGGUGUGAUGUUCAUCAGACAUAAAAAUUACUUACCAAUUAAGUGGAUAUUUUAGAAACAUGAAUAGAAAGCAUUCUAAUGACCAAAACAUCAAGUAUAUUAGGUACAAUUUAUGUUAACCUCCAAAAGGUCAAUGAGUACUAUUAAUU